AGCUUCGUUGCCUUUUUGACCAAACUCAAGAUGGAGACUUUCUCGCCUUCUCGGCUUCUACCUUUCCUUUCUUAUAUUCUCCCCUGCUUCUUCUUUAAAUAAAAGGAUUAGAGACUCGAGAGCGUGAGAGAGUCUUCUGUAAACACCGAUCGAGGUCUUCAUCCAAACCUUGAAUCUCUUCUUACCAAGAGAGAAGGUAGAGAGGAAGGGGGAAGAGAUCAACUCGUUCCAUGUGCAGUGGUUCUAAGAGGAAAGUGUCUCGGGUUGGGUUAAUCAUGGAGGGAGAAGAAUCUCAGAAGCAAAAUAACGGGUUCCUUUCUAAUGGUUCGAUUUCUAUUUUACUGGAAGCAUCGGCCUCUGAUGAUCUGAUUAGUUUCAGGCGUUAUGUGGAAGAAGAAGGUUGCGAUGUUGAUGAGACCAGCUUCUGGUAUAGCAGGCGUUUUGGAUCGAAGAAGAUGGGGUUUGAGGAGAGAACUCCACUCAUGAUAGCUGCCAUGUUUGGAAGUACGGAGGUGUUGGCAUAUAUCAUUGAAACAGGCCGUGUUGAUGUCAACAGGGCUAGUGGUACCGAUGGUGUUACUGCCCUCCACUGUGCUGCUGCUGGUGGUUCUGCUGCUUCGCCUGAGGUUGUCAAGCAUUUGCUUGAUGCUUCUGCCGACGCUAAUUCCCUUGAUGCAAAUGGGAAUCGUGCCAGCGACCUUAUCCCUUCUGUUAUGAAGUCUUCCUAUAAUUCAAGGAGGAAGGCACUGGAGAUGAUGUUGGAAGGCAUCGAUUGUUUUGAGGAAGGAUGGUUUUCUUUUGAUGAGACUGAUAAGCAAAAGGGAGAACAGCACCAACAGUUGCAGACUCCCCAAGGUCUAAAAGACAAAGAUCAGACUGAGAAGAAAGAGUACCCAGUUGACCUAUCCCUCCCAGACAUAAAGAAUGGGAUAUAUGGGACUGAUGAGUUUAGGAUGUACACCUUCAAGGUGAAGCCUUGCUCGAGGGCUUACUCCCAUGAUUGGACUGAGUGCCCAUUUGUCCAUCCAGGGGAGAACGCAAGGCGCCGUGACCCAAGGAAGUAUCACUACAGCUGCGUCCCAUGCCCGGAGUUCCGCAAGGGGUCGUGCCGGCAGGGGGAUGCCUGCGAAUAUGCACAUGGUGUGUUCGAGUGCUGGCUCCAUCCAGCACAGUAUCGGACCAGGCUCUGCAAGGAUGAAACUGCUUGCAACCGAAGGGUCUGCUUCUUUGCUCAUAAGCCUGAGGAGCUACGACCCUUAUAUGCUUCGACGGGAUCAGCGGUGCCAUCACCAAGGUCAUCUGGCGCUGGCAUCUCUUCCAUGGACAUGGGAUCAAUGAGCCCUCUGGCGCUCGGUUGCCCAUCUGCCCUGAUGCAUCCCACAUCUACACCACCAAUGUCACCAUCUGUAGCUUGUUCUUCUCCCAUGGGGGGUGCACUGUGGCAGAACCAACCUAGUCUAGUGCCACCAACCUUGCAGCUCCCUGGGAGCCGGCUGAAGUCUACAUUGAGUGCCAGAGAUUUGGACUUGGAAAUGGAAUUGCUUGGACUAGAGGGUCACCAUUCGCAGCAGCAGAAGCAGUUGAUGAAUGAUCUAUCUACCCUGUCUUCUCAAUCCAACUGGACCAAUGCCUUGGCCACUGCAGCAGCCAUGGCUGCGUCAUCUGGUGGUCGAACCACGGAUUAUAGUCGGCUUGGUGUGGUGAAGCCUACUAAUCUUGAAGAUAUUUUCAGUUCUUUUGAUCCUUCAAUGAUGUCUCAAUUGCAGGGGCUGUCCUUGAGUGCUGCUAGUUCUCCCCAGUUGCAAUCCCCAUCUGGAAUCCAGAUGCGCCAGAACAUGAACCAGCAGCUCCGUUCUAGCUAUUCCUCUAACAUGCCUUCUUCACCAGGGAGGACAGCGUCUUCAUUUGGGUUUGACCCAUCGGCAACAACGGCAGCUGCAACUGCUGUAAUGAAUUCGAGAUCAGCUGCCUUCACAAAGCAGCGAAGCCAGAGUUUCAUCGAUCGGAGUCCAGUUAGUCGUCAUGGAGGGCUGUCUACCACUGCAAAUCCAAUGUCACCAACUCUUUCUGAUUGGGGUUCACCAGGUGGGAAGUUGGACUGGGGUGUUCAAGGAGAGGAACUCAAUAAGCUGAGGAAGUCGGCAUCAUUUGGGUUCAGAAACAGUAGUAACAACAACGGUGUGGCUGCGGGUGCUGCUUCAAUGGCUCACACAGUUAAUGAGCCAGACUUGUCGUGGGUGGAGCCUUUGGUGAAGGAUUCCCAGCCCGUGGGGGCUGAUGCAUUUGGUUUGGAUCAGCAACAGCAGCAGCAGCUGCUGCUGCAGUAUCAGCUCAACAGAGGGGGUUCUGAGUUGCCCUCUAACUGGGUGGAGCAACUGUACAUGGAUCAGGAGCAGAUGGUGGUUUAUUGAACACCAGCGGCGAAAUCUGCCGCUAGUGAGACUUAACAAGUUCCUUUCUGCUCAUUUUUGUUUUUUGGAAUAUUUUUUAUAUUCGUUACAUUCCGGAAGAAAAGAAGAAUCGGAGCAGGAAGAAAAGUGAGUACUGCUUCUCAUUUAAACAGUUAUUAUUCUAGUUUAGUUGGAACUUGGAUUUACAACAAAGAUUAGAUUCUUUUUUGCAGUGGUUGAGAGGAGAAGAGAGAAGGGGAAGGGGGGGGGGGGGGAGCAUUCUUUUAUGGAUUAGAUCUUUAGGCUGAGAAAAAUUGACAAGGGGGGAAGGGGGUUGGGGAUUCCUUCUGACUGGAAAAAAGAUGUAUAGGAGAUGAAGCUCCUUGAUUAAAUAGAAGGGGGUUGUAUAAACAUGGUAGUGGAUUGGUGGGGGGUGGGGAUGUUAUCAUCAACUACUCAUUUUGUUCAUAAUAUCUUUUAAAAAUCUGUACUCAGUCUAAUUAUGAAAUCUGCUUAUAUUUAAAUUUUAUUUUUGCUAA